AUGGCUAAAGCAUACAAACAGUCUGAUUUUAACAACUUGAUGGAAAUAGUUCAAAAUGUAGAUGUGAGAGUUAAUGAAUAUUUGGAGUUGGAAGGAUAUGACAAGUGGUCAAGGGUGUAUGUGCCUGUUUACAGAGGAUGGACAAUGAUAUUAAAUAUUGCGGAGUCUAUUAAUUCAGCACUGAUAAGAGUAAGAGAGAAGUCAAUUUAUAAUUUUCUUGAAGAAGUGAGAAAGAUGUUUGAGCGAUGGAAUUGCACUAAUAGGCAAAAAUCUUCCUUCACAUCCAUAACACUUGACAUGAAAUUUCAGGAGAUUCUUACAAUAAAUAAUACCCUAUCAGCAUGGAUGACGGUAAUAAAUGUAUUGGCAAAUGUACUUGCAGUAGAAUGA